UUGAGGGAUAUGGUAUACUAUCGCCAUUUUGUAUGUGAAGCGAAUAUUUUACCAUAUACAGUACAAAAUUGAGCUGAAUAUUCCCAAUGAGGUAGCUGUGAUGAGCUAAACUAUGGGAUCAUCGGAGAAGGAGAGGUCAUGUGAGAUUCUUGGAAUCGACCAAAGUACGCCAGAAGUUGAUAUCCAAAGAGCAUAUCGCCAUCUUGCCCUCCAGUACCACCCUGACAGAUGUAAUAAUGCAAACGAUUUUGCCAAAUUUCAGUUGAUUACGACUGCCUACAAACAACUUUCCCCUGAUCUUGAAAGUCUGUCCGAUCCUGAACAGAUUUUCUUUACUGUGUUCAAAGAUGUGCUUUUAUACGAAGAUGAUGGAGAUUACGGUCUUUAUGCAUUUUUCUCAAGUAGUCAAAUACUAGGUGCUUCAAAGUCCUCUGCGGAUGAGAUGUACAUAGAAGAUGAUGAGGAUUCAGAUACAGGAGAAAAAGAUUUUGAAAAAUUUGCAGAGAUUGUAAAGAAUUGCCGUUUAAAAGGGAAACCUGUGCCUGAAGGCUUCACAGAUGAGAGAAUAGAGGAGUUAAGAGAGAUUCUUAUCAAAGAAAAAGAAGCGUACAAAAACGACGGAGCUCAGAAUCCGUCUCUGACCAAAAUCAAACAACCAAAUCAAGUGCCUCUUGUAAAGCAAAAGCCAAAGUCGAAGAAGCAGAAAGAAAAAGAAGCUUGGAGGCGGGAGAAGGAAAUGGAAAAUAUCGCUUAUGCGAUACAAGAAAGAAAUAAACAAGAGGAAGAACGUGCAGAGAAAAAGAAGAUAGCAGAAUUAGAAAAACAGCGCCGCCUUGAAGAAGAAAGAGCUCGCCAAUUAGCAGAGGAUAAAAAAAGAAGAGAGCAAGAAGAACGUGAACGCCAGGAGCGUGAGCGCAGAGAGCGUGAGGAGGAAGAAGUGCGUAAGAAGGCUGAAGAAGAGAAGCGUAAAAAAGAGGACAAGAAGAAAGCUGCAGAAGCAGCUAAACAGAAGCAAAUAGUUGACCAAAAAGCCAAAGAGGAGGAAGAAAAAAAGAAGGCUACAGCUGCCAAGCAGAAGAACCAAGCACAGCAGCAACAGCAAGCAUCCACCCAGCAGCAACUGCAGCAGCAGCAACAAAGACAGUAUCAGCUGCCGCCUCGGUUUGCUCAAAAACAGCAGCAGAAGAAUAAGAUGCAAACAGUGCCACCUGGUGGCCAGAAUUGUGAUACAGAAAGUCAGGAAAUUGGUACAUGGCAAAACCCAGAGGGUGACUCUGCCAAUCCUAUUCUUACUUGGGGUAAUCAGGCCUCUGCCAGCAGCAGUGGUAGUAGUGAUAUUAUUGUGGAUAGUCGGGACAAAGAGCAGUGGCCAUCCAUUGGUGACCAGUCUGAAUCUGCAUCUGAGGCAGGUGACGACAACGCAUCUGUCCAUUCGGGAUCUGUGAUAUCUAGCUCAAGCAAUCCAGGACCAGACGGGGGUCAAGGUCAAGGGUCAAGUGCCAUUCAAGGUCAAAGUGCUUCCAGUGAUUGGGGAGCCAACUCUUCUGACAAUAAAUUAGACUCAACAACAUCCUGGGGAACUAGUAGUCUCUCUCCAGGAGGUGCCAACAACUCAAACUCAUCAUCUGUUUCGUGGGGGGAAUCCAUUCCCUCCCAAGCUGUGAACCAAGGACAUAAUAUGCAAGCCAAUAAUAAUAACCCAAACUCCCCCAUUGAGUGGGGUAGUUCCCAGCAGAAUUCCAUGCCAGCACAAGGCACAGAGCAUGGACCAACAAACCAAGGUGCUCAAAGUAGUAAUGGUAGCAGAAACUCUCCUGCCACCACUGCCAACUCAUGGGGAGGUAUUUCUUCUUCAAGUCGUCCGUCUAGUGUCCAGAGCCUGGGGGAUGUUGCAACCAACAGCAAGGCAGAUAUGAAACAAGGAGCUUCACAAUGGGGGAUGAUGGUGCCACAAGAGUCCUCUGCUAGCAACAAUCAAGGAGAUAGUAAUGGCAAGGUUGGUGAAAUCAAACGGGGAAAUGAUAUGCGAGGAACUAGUCAAUGGGGAAUGACAACCCAGGGCUCCUCAAGCUCCAGCUCCUCCAGCAGUGGCAGCCAGUGGGGAAACGUGUCAAAAGAUGAGAAAAGUUCCAUGAGAGGAGGAUCAGGUUGGGGUAGUCCCAGCCCAACGCCUAGUCCAAGUACCAAUACAGGAGACUGGGGCAAGUCUGCAUCCAGUGUCCAGCAGCCAAACAGUUUACAGUCCAUGUGGGGAGAUCCCACAAACAGUGAGAGCUCUCAGUGGGGUGGGGGCAGUCACUGGGGGCCAGCUCCAGGGAGUUCCCAGAGAAGUGAUAGUGGCAGCAGUGGCAAUAGUUCCGGCAAUCAGCGUAGUGCCAAAAGAAUUGGAUCAUGGGGUUCAGGAGGGGGUACAGUUGGUCAGACUGGAAGCUGGACCAACAGCAAUUCAAGUGGCAGGGAUUGGGGAGAGUCCCAAUCAGGCCAACAGUCUCAAUGGGGGAACAAUGGUGCCAGUCAGUGGGGCAGCAGCAGUGUAGGGCAAUCACAAACAGCCGGGUCAGGAUGGGGUGAUGCCACCGGCACUUCCCAGCAACAGAACAAUCCAGGCGAAGGAUGGGGCAGUGGAACAGCCACUCAGAACAAUGGGUCAGACCAGUGGGGGAGGCAGCCUACGACCAAUCAGAAGGACCCUUCUCAGCUCAACCCAAACAACCCCCAGGGACAGUGGGGAAAUGUUCCGUCACCCACCAACUGGGGAAGUGCAUCGACACAAGACAACUCCCAGAGCCAGUGGGGUAAUAUGCCAGUGCAGAACAAUGUAGCAACUAAUCAGUGGGGUAAUGGUGCCCCUCAGCAUGGAAACAGUUCACAGGGGGCAUCCUGGGCUGGAACUUCACCAGGACCCACCUCACCCGCAGCAUGGGGUAGCGGGAGCUCGUACGCCAAAGUUCUGAGCCACAAUCUUCCACAGCCCCCACCGUCUCAGCAAAAGCCUGCCAAAUCAGCAUUUGAGGAAGAAAUAAGCCGCCAAGUUGAUAGCCAUGAAGGGUGGGGCAUGCGUCCUGUUUCUCAAGACACUAACUGGGAUGCAAAGACCUCCCCAGAACCAAAGCGUAAAGCACGUCCAGAAGAUGACUCUGUGUGGCGCCAAGAAGUGAAUAAUGGUACAGCCAUAUGGGAGUCUGUGAAAAAUACAUCAGGGAAACCUGCCUUCGAAGAAAAGCCUGUUGUGAGAAAUGAUAAUUCCAUUACCUGGUCUGGACCUCCAGCCCAGCAGGCACCGCCUCCUCGCAAUGACACCAGUUCCUGGGGUGGGGAUGCAACUACAGAUGGCAUGUCCUGGGGAGGAGCUGGACCUGCCAAGGAGAGAUCUUGGCCCAGUGGGGCAAACAAUCCUCCUGCAGCUGCUAAUACAGCCGCCACGCCAAGCAAUUGGAACAAACCCCCACCCACCAACAAUGCCAGCUGGGGUGGCCAGGAACCGCGUCCUCUGCCAACACAGUGGGCUGGGGCUACCAACAACUCUGCUCCACAAGAUGGAUGGGGCGGAAGUGGAUCUGCACCAAGAAGUUCCCAAUCUUCUGCUAGAGGAUCGACCUCCUCUUCUGGAUGGGGAGAUGAUGUGAAGCCAGCUACUGCUGGGAAGUCUACUGGUGGAACUGGAUGGGGAGCACCAUCCCCUCCUACCAAUCGCAAGUCCACAACGGAUGUGGAUGAUGGUACUGCUUUCUGGGGUGAUCCUACUCAGCCUACACAAUCAAAACCCCAGAACUGGAGUACCCCGAGUACUCCCAAUACUCCAAUCACUCCUUCAACUAAUCCAGUGUUCCCAGGCCAGAGACCUAAAUCUGGUGAUAUGGGGGGUGCCAUGUGGGGCCAAGGAACCCCCACCCCCCAAUAUCCUACCUCUGGAGGUUGGGGAGAUGCUGCUAAUCCAAUAGCCAACAAAAGUGAGGAGGUCUCUUCCAUGUGGCCUGGUCCUUCUCAGAGCUCCAGCAGUUGGGGUGAUUCAUCUGCCAGUCAGUGGCCGGUAGGUGGUGCUAAGCCAAAGACCCCGUCUACAAGUGGCUGGGAAAGUGAUAGCAUGCAGUGGAAUGCACCAGGGCCUCGUAAGGUAGGCGAUCAUACUGGUUUGCAGGGUGAUCAAACAAGCAGGCGUUUGCUGAAUGGGUACGGUGGACCUGGAAAUGACUGGAAUCACCACAGGACCAGUGAAUCCAGCUGGAAUGAUGAGAACUGGGCUGAGACUGAGGUUGGUGAGUGGGACUCUGCCCAGGAAAACUCCACCUGGAACAGUGCACAAGGAUGGACUAACAGAAAUGGUGCAAAGAAAAUCACUGGAAUGCCCUUCUACAACAAAAACUCAGCCAUUGGUGCUAAAUUGAGUAGUCUUAACAUGAAUCCUCAACAGCCUCAGAUGCGUAGCAGGCUGCUUCAACAGCUGACUGAAAUGGGAUUCAAGAAAGAAGAUGCACAAAAUGCUUUAAUAAGCAAUAACAUGAAUCUUGAAAGUGCCAUUGCUGAACUCUUUGCUGGUGCUAAUAUGGACAAGCGGGAUGAUAAUGACUUGGACAGAAAGAAUCGCAACAUUCAACGCCAAUUCUCCGCUAUCCAUCAGCAAGACAAAGCAGACUUUGACAACAGUGAUCCGUUCUCUCAAAAUACUCCAAAUUUAUCCAAUGCUCAACAACUGCUAGGCAAGCAGGGCAGUGUCUCUUCUAGUCCCAAUCCCAGUAUUAAUCCAGUUGCUCUACAACAAAGGCUUCUCAUGCAACAACAACAACAACAACAACAACAGCAGCAGCAACAGCAGCAGAACAUGCCACCAUCUCAGGGUCAGGUGCUCCGCGGUCAAGUCCCUAACAUGGCCGCAGCGGCAGCCUCUGCUGGCGUGUCUGCUUCUACUCAGCAACAGCUUCUCCAGCAGCAACAGAUUGUGCAACAGCUGCAGAUGGCAGUGCGUGCAGGCCUGAUAAAUCCUCAACUCCUGAACCAGCAACUCACUCCACAGAUGUUGGUGCUACUUCAACAACUGCUUCAGCUUCAGACCAUUCUUCAGCGGCUCGUCCAACAGCAGCAACUGCUGCAGGCCAAUAAGACGGGCAUGAACCCUCUUCAGCAACGCUCCCAAAUGGAGCAGAAUGCCGUGGUGAUCCAGACCAUAAAGCAGAAGAUCCUGCAACAGCAGCAACAGAUUGCUCAAGCUCAGCAAGCCAUGGCAGCAUCCUCAGCUGCCAAGGAUGCUCUUUCCAGUCUCCAUCCCAAGAUGACUAGUCUCUCUAUCAACGAAGAUUCUCUUCUCCAGACGCCAGCUGGUGCUCCCCAGUCACGUCUCACUCAGUGGAAACUGCCCUCCCCAGACAAAGAAGUGAAUGAGUACUUAGACAAAGCUCCAGGCUCCAAGCCCUCCAACAUUCAUCAAUCGCAUUCCACACCCAAUCUGCAAGACAAGCUGGACUUCUCUUCCUCUCUCAGUGGAGACAGUAUGUGGUCCACUUCAGUCUCCUCGUCCACGGCCGGCUCCUCCUGGCCUACUUCCAGUGCCAUAACCUCCAGUGCCCAGCUUUUGGUCAAGGAUAACAGCCCAGCCCAGUCUGACAACAAAGAAUCUCAAUCGUCCAAUAGCAACAGUCAGUCUACCACACCAGUAUUUGAUAUCAGUAACAUGAUUGAAGAGUUUGUGCCUGGUAAGAAGUGGCAAGGCACUGUCACCAAGAGCGUGGAGGAGGAUCCACAUAUCACCCCGGGCAGCGUGGCUAGUGUUGCCAAUAUGUUGACCAUCAAACCUGAAGUGCUGAAUGCUCUGUCAUCAAGUCCAACUGCCAACACUGACCAGCAGGUCUCGUCCUGGUCUGGCAUGAAGGAUUUUCCACGUUCAAUCAGCACCAUUGCUAGCAACAGUGGAGGUUCAAAAUCCACCUGGAGCUCUGGCAACACUUCAACUGUUGCCUCUGGCAGCCUGACACCCACAUCCAUUUCUUCUGAACUGUGGGGAGUGCCAGUGCCAGGCAAAAAUGCCUCCAAUGCUGCAAGUCGCCCUCCACCAGGUUUGACAAAUCAGAAGGCUGGAGGUGGUGGUGGUUCAACUGCUAUGUGGGGCAGUGGUGGUGGAAGUAGUGGGGGUACCAAUCCUGGCUUCAGUAGAGCCAACUCAUGGGCUGGAGGAUCUGCAGGUUCUGCAUUUACUCCAGUGGGUGCCUCUUGGGAUCGCAUGGGAUCCAAUGUAUCUACUUGGGUUGUGCUAAGGAACCUGACUCCACAGAUUGAUGGCUCUACCCUGAAGACAUUGUGCAUGCAGCAUGGCCCUGUUCAGAUGUUUUAUCUGAGUCUCCAUAAUGGCACUGCUGUUGUGCGUUACCACACCAGGGAAGAGGCUAUGAAAGCACAGAAAUCCCUCAACCACUGCAUCCUGGGCAACACCACCAUCAUUGCCGAUUUUGCCAGCGACGCAGAGAUGCAACGCUUCAAGGAGCAAAACACACAAACUUCUAAUUCAUGGUCACAAGGCACCUCUACUCCGACCUUCCACCGCUCUGCAAGCACCUUUGCUGGCAAGAAUGAUGUGAACCAGUGGAACGGCUCUAGCCUGGGUUUGCAGAGUAGCAUGUGGGGAGGAAGUGGCCUCUGGGGAGGAUCUUCCACUCUGGAGGAACGCCACACCCCUUUCAUGCCAGACAUGAACAUUCUCAGUGGGGAUCAGAUCUAAGCUUAUCUCAGAGACUGUGGUUGACUUUUUAUUAUUGAUGAAUUAUUUAGACUGUGGUGGGUAUCAUCCAAAUGAUACAGGAUCGAUCAACGAAUAGCUGAAUGAAAGAACCAUGCAUCAUCAAAAACAAUAUUUGUCACAGCUUUUGCCUCUCUUGGGCAGAGAAAACUAUGAAGUGCUGAGAGAUUUGAGGGUGGGGUCUUGCCUCACUUUGUAUGCAUUGACUGGCCUUUGAAAGGGCUUGAUGCACUUUGCGAUCUCUUGUUGCAGGGGGUUUCAGUAUUGAUUUAGCAGCUUUACAAUUUGAUAUGUACGCCAUGAUGAGAUGUUGUUAUGGAGAUGUUGCAUUCCGAGUACAAAGAACACCAAAUCAUAAUUAUCUUGGUGCUAUUAGCUUCGUUCCUAGAAGCAGGGGCACUUUUUAAUCUCAAAAGAAUAACAAAAAAAAAAGUAAGCAAAAAAGAAAAAAAAAAUAAGAAAAAUAAAAAUAAAAAUGACUAUUUCAAAAACCAAUGUCUUUCAGAAAAGGUACCUUGUGAGAAAAAAAAAAUGCUUACUUUGUAACUUGUGCAAUGUUACAUCUCCUUUUUAUUUUAGGGAGGGGGAUGGACAGAUAUGACAUUUAACCUCCAAGUGGUUUCCUCAUAAUGAUGGAGCCAGUGAUUUAACUUGCAACAUAUUAUAUUAAACGGACAAAAAAGGGAAAAAAGAAAAAAAUGUAAAAAAAAAAAAUAAUGCUUAUUAAAUCAUUGUAAGAGUCUUAAAUCAUUCUAGUGCUGGUUUUUGCAAUCGUUGAAUAACAUUUAAAAAUGGCCAUUUUUUUUUUUUUUUCUUUCUUCACUUAUGUGGAACUUAUUUUCUGCAAGAUGUGCGACUCCGUCUUUGCAGCGGGUGUCAUUAAAUUUUGUGUGUCUUCUGUCUUAAUGUGUGAUCUGCUCUUCUGAGUUGUACUCUAUUAUUAUCAUUAUUAUUAAUAUUAUAGUGGAACUGGUGAUAAUUCAAAUAAAGUGUGAGGGGACUUAGGGUCUAGUGACUCAAACCUCUACUUAGCAGAAG